AUGCCUCUGAGGAAUCUGACUUACAAUCAGGGACAAGAUCUGAGCAGUAGCAGUAAUGAUGGAUUGAGAUCGGAAGCUUCCACGCCGUCUGAUGAAGAUCGUAAUGAUUCGCAUUCCUAUUCGGAUCAGAAUCCUUUCUUAGCCAGUGAGGAGAAAGAGGCUGAUAGACAUAGAGGGCGUGCGAUUAUUGAUUCAUCUUCUUCUUCCUCAAUCCAAUAUGGGAAUCGUGAAAAUAGUGAAUCUUCGCUGAUUCCAGGGAAUACAGGACAAAAUAUGAACCAACGCACAUCAGACUACAAAGGUUAUUACUCUCGAGCAGGUCGUGGAUCAGUUGAUGGUGCUGCGGCAGCAUCACGUGAUAAUUCAAGGUUAGGACCAUCUAAAGCUUUACCUUCUUCGACCUCGUUGAAUACUGGCCUUUCGGCUAACGAUAUCAUGUCACCUCCGGAAUACGACAGGUAUCCUUUGGUUAGCUCGAGAGUUACUUCUAUGGCUCAAAUGCACAACGCGGCACAUGCGCAGGCUCCACCGGUAUCGGCAUCGUCUUCUACUGGGAACGUUUCGAAUUCGUCAAUAUCUUCUAACCCAUUCCUUGGUGAGCAGGAUUUUUCGCCAUUUGGUGGGUAUCCAGCUACUUCUUUCCCACUUUUGAUGGACGAGAAGGAAGAGGAUGAUUAUUUGCACAAUCCAGACCCGGAGGAAGAGGCUCGUUUGGACAGAAGGAGGUUUGUUGAUGAUUUCAAACACAUGAGCAAAAGAUCCGCCGGUGGGUUGAUUGGUAUAUUAGUAGUUUUCCUCGGUGCUAUGGCCGUCUUUAUUAUCCUGCCAGCAUUGACUUUCACAGGUGCUACUCACCAUACCAAGCCUGAAGUGGUUGAAUUUUUGACAGAAUACGAGUAUCCACAAUUAUCGGCCAUUAGAACUAAUUUGGUUGAUCCAAAUACUCCUUCAACUGCUAUGUCAAGACAGGCUAUGGAUGGUUCAUACUGGCAACUGACUUUCUCCGAUGAGUUUAACGAAGUUGGUAGAACUUUUUACGAUGGUGACGACCAGUUUUGGACUGCUCCUGAUUUUCAUUACGCGGCUACACAUGACUUGGAGUGGUAUACACCAGAUGCUGUUACGACGAGCAAUGGUACCUUACAGUUGAGAAUGGACGCAUUCAAGAACCAUGAUUUAUAUUACCGUUCUGGUAUGGUGCAAAGUUGGAAUAAGCUCUGUUUCAGCCAGGGUAUUCUCGAAAUCUCAGCCAAUCUGCCCAACUAUGGUCGUGUCACUGGUCUGUGGCCCGGUAUGUGGACCCUUGGUAACUUGGCUCGUCCAGGUUACAUGGCUACUUCCGAAGGUGUCUGGCCUUAUUCGUAUGAUUCGUGUGAUGCCGGUAUUACACCAAAUCAAAGUUCUCCUGACGGUAUAUCGUAUCUGCCGGGUCAAAAGUUGUGUGUCUGUACUUGUGAUGGUGAGGAUCAUCCAAAUCAAGGUGUGGGAAGAGGUGCACCAGAAAUUGAUGUGAUCGAAGCUGAGGCUGAUACAACUUUGGGUACUGGUGUUGCUUCUCAGUCAUAUCAGGUUGCACCUUUCGAUAUUUGGUACAUUCCUGAUUACGAUUUUGUCGAAAUUUACAAUUUCACUACUACGUCGAUGAAUACUUACUGUGGAGGUCCUUUCCAACAAGCUGUCUCUGCUAUCACAACUUUGAAUACUUCGUGGUACCAAUUCGGACCUGAUGCAGGUAGAUUUCAGAAAUACUCUUACGAGUUUUUGAGCGAUGAUGAUGAUGGUUACAUUCGUUGGUUCGUCGGUGACGUACCCACUUACACUUUGUACGCAAAGGCUCUACAUCCAAAUGGUAACAUUAAUUGGAGAAGAAUUUCUAAAGAGCCAAUGUCUAUCAUUAUGAAUAUGGGUAUUUCCAACAACUGGGCCUACAUCGAUUGGCAAUUCAUCUUUUUCCCUGUGACCAUGUCCAUUGAUUACGUGAGAAUUUAUCAACCAAAUGAUUCGGUGCAAAUGAGCUGUGAUCCACCAACUCAUCCAACCUACGAUUAUAUCGAAGCGCAUAAAAACGCUUACACAAACCCCAACUAUACAUCCUGGGAAGCGGCAGGUUACUCCUUCCCAAAGAAUAUUCUAACCGGUAACUGUAAAAGUUCCAAGUUCAAGCUCUCAAGCUAA